AUGUCGAAUCUACCGACCACAUUUUUAACACAUCAACAACGUGUCUGUCGAUUGUAUAAAUCGCUAUUUACUCUCGCGCGACGCGAACAUUGGCCUGACAGGCUAGCGUAUCGUCAACGUAUGGUAGAAUAUCGAGCACGUUUUGAUGCAAAUAAAAAUGUACAAGAUUUAAUGAAAGCCAAACGACAACUAAUAGCAGGAGAAGAAGAAUUCAAGAAAGCGAUGUAUUGGCAUACGGAAAAUUUCAAUUUUCCUGAGUCACCUUCGGGUAUUGCAGAAGGUCGAUAUCCUACGCCUGAUGAUUCAGCACUCGAUGCAUGGCAUCCACUGGAAAAAGCUCAAUAUCCCACUUAUUUCGCAACGCGUGAAAAGCGAAAGAAAGCUUACAUGGAAUGGUAUCUUAAACGGUAUGGUAUUCCAGAUCCACCCAUGAUGUAA